CGUCGCCAUGGUCCUGCUGUCCCGCGCUUCCGUUUCCGGUGGUGGUGAGGCCCGCAAUCCCCUGAGGGCGCUGAGGUGGCCGGACUGGCCAAACCGGCGCGACUUUCGGAGGCCUGUCGAGGAGCCCUACUGUCCCUUCCUAGGGAAGGGACUGAGGCCCGGGACUGCACCGGCCCGGCUUCACCGCCGGCUGGAGGCCGGGACUGGUGACUGACUAGGCCUGACUAGCUCGGCCACCGGGUGGAACGGAGGGUAGGCAAACCCAGAAGGUGUGGCUAGAGGGAGGGUCUCGGAAACAGUCACUGCGGUCAGAGGCGAAAGGCACGCACAGGGUCCGAGGUUGAGCUUUGAAUGAAAGCAGAGAGCCCGACAGCCCCUGGACCUGCAUGACUCCAGUUCCGGCCUCGGCAGCCGAGACUCUGCGGCAGGAGGAUCGGCUCAUCAAAACUGCGCCACAGAAUCACAAAUCUUUGCUAGCCCGGAACCUGGAAGCACCUGAGGGCGGGUGUUUCCGUUAUAUCACUUCCGCUUCCUGUUUCUAGCCUUAAGUCGGUCCAGGGCUCGCAUUCGAGCUAGAAGUUGUGUCGUCGAUAAGUUCGAGGGGAUUAGAGCUCCAGCCACAAUGAUUGAGGUGGUUUGCAACGACCGUCUGGGAAAGAAAGUCCGCGUCAAGUGCAACACCGAUGACACCAUCGGGGACUUGAAGAAACUGAUAGCGGCCCAAACUGGCACCCGUUGGAAUAAGAUCGUUCUUAAAAAGUGGUACACGAUUUUUAAGGACCACGUGUCUCUGGGAGAUUAUGAAAUCCAUGAUGGGAUGAACCUGGAGCUUUAUUACCAAUAGAUGGGAAUUCCUUCUCCUUAUCUACCCUGCCUUCCUCUCCCACCCUCGUUUGACACUGGUAUAGAUGCCCAUUUUUAAUGAUUCACAUGAAUAAAAACUUCAAUGCUG